CUGAGCCGCAGCAGCAGGAGGAGGCCGGGGGCAGAGGACGAUCCGGAGGCCCCCAGCCUUGCCGCCGGACCCCGGCCCAGACCCCCGACAAGAUGAAUUUACAGCUUAUUUCCUGGAUCGUGUUGGCCAGCUGCCCAGUCUGCAGAGUAUUUGGCCAAACAGGUGGAAAUGAGUGUCUAAAAGCAAAUGCAAAAUCAUGUGGGGAGUGCAUACAGGCAGGGCCGAACUGUGGAUGGUGCACCAACUCAACAUUUUUACAAGAAGGAAUGCCUACCUCUGCCCGGUGUGAUGAUUUGGCAGCAUUGAAAAGUAAGGGCUGUCUUCCAGAGGAUAUAGAAAAUCCCAGAGGUUCCAAAAACAUACGGAAAAAUAAAAAUGUAACAAACCGCAGCAAAGGAACCGCAGAGAAGCUCCAACCAGAAGAUAUUACCCAAAUCCAGCCCCAGCAGUUAGUAUUAAAACUGCGAUCAGGGGAACCACAGACAUUUGCAUUAAAAUUCAAGCGAGCUGAAGACUAUCCUAUUGAUCUUUACUACCUUAUGGACCUUUCAUACUCCAUGAAAGAUGAUUUAGAGAACGUGAAAAGCCUUGGGACAGAUCUGAUGUAUGAAAUGAAGAGAAUCACUUCAGAUUUCCGAAUUGGUUUUGGUUCCUUUGUGGAGAAAACCGUGAUGCCGUAUAUCAGUACGACUCCAGCUAAACUCAGGAACCCUUGCACUGGUGAUCAGAAUUGCACUAGUCCAUUCAGCUACAAAAACGUGCUCAAUCUUACAGACAAGGGAGAAGUGUUUAAUGAGCUUGUAGGUAAACAACAUAUCUCUGGAAAUCUGGAUUCUCCCGAAGGUGGAUUUGAUGCCAUCAUGCAGGUUGCAGUUUGCGGAUCACUAAUUGGCUGGAGAAAUGUUACACGGCUAUUGGUUUUUUCCACGGAUGCUGGGUUUCACUUUGCUGGAGACGGUAAACUUGGUGGAAUUGUUUUACCAAAUGAUGGACGGUGUCACCUGGAAAAUAAUGUGUACACCAUGAGCCAUUACUAUGACUAUCCCUCAAUUGCUCAUCUUGUGCAGAAACUCAGUGAAAAUAAUAUUCAGACAAUUUUUGCAGUUACAGAAGAGUUUCAGGCUGUUUACAAGGAAUUGAAAAAUUUGAUCCCAAAGUCAGCAGUAGGAACCCUGUCAGCAAAUUCCAGCAAUGUGAUUCAGUUGAUCAUCGAUGCAUACAAUUCCCUGUCUUCAGAAGUCAUUUUGGAAAACAGUAAAUUGCCUGAAGGGGUAACGAUAAAUUACAAAUCUUACUGCAAAAAUGGAGUAAAUGGUACAGGAGAAAAUGGGAGAAAAUGUUCCAACAUUUCAAUUGGAGAUGAGGUUCAGUUUGAAAUUAGCAUAACUGCAAACAAAUGUCCUAAAAAGGGGCAAAAUGAAACUAUCAAAAUUAAGCCUCUGGGUUUCACUGAAGAAGUAGAAAUAAAUCUUCAGUUCAUCUGUGAGUGUGAAUGCCAGAGUGAGGGCAUCCCUGAGAGCUCCAAGUGUCAUGGUGGAAAUGGGACAUUCGAGUGUGGAGCUUGCAGGUGCAACGAGGGACGCGUUGGUAGACACUGUGAGUGUAGCACAGAUGAAGUAAACAGCGAAGAUAUGGAUGCUUACUGUAGGAAAGAAAAUAGUUCGGAAAUCUGUAGUAACAAUGGAGAGUGUGUAUGUGGGCAGUGUGUGUGUAGGAAGAGGGAUAACACAAACGAAGUCUACUCCGGCAAAUUCUGUGAAUGUGACAAUUUCAACUGUGAUCGAUCCAAUGGCUUGAUUUGUGGAGGAAAUGGGGUCUGUAAAUGUCGUGUGUGUGAGUGUAACCCCAACUUCACUGGCAGCGCAUGUGAUUGUUCACUGGAUACCUCUUCCUGCUUGGCAUCAAACGGACAGAUCUGCAACGGUCGCGGGAUCUGUGAGUGUGGCUCCUGCAAGUGCACGGAUCCCAAAUUCCAAGGGCCGACUUGUGAGAUGUGCCAGACCUGCCUGGGAGUCUGCGCCGAACACAAAGAAUGUGUGCAGUGCCGAGCCUUCGAUAAAGGAGAGAAGAAAGACACUUGUACACAAGAAUGUAGUCAUUUCAACAUGACCCUGGUUGAAAAUCGGGACAAGUUACCCCAACCUGGCCAGGUUGAUCCUCUCUCUCACUGUAAAGAGAAAGACGCCGACGACUGCUGGUUCUAUUUUACGUAUUCUGUCAAUGGAAAUAACGAAGCCAUUGUUCAUGUGGUGGACACCCCAGAAUGCCCCACUGGCCCGGACAUUAUUCCAAUUGUAGCUGGGGUGGUUGCAGGAAUUGUUCUUAUUGGCCUUGCUUUACUGCUGAUUUGGAAGCUGUUGAUGAUUAUACAUGACAGAAGAGAAUUUGCUAAAUUUGAAAAAGAGAAGAUGAAUGCCAAGUGGGAUACGGGUGAAAAUCCUAUUUAUAAGAGUGCAGUGACAACUGUGGUGAAUCCUAAGUAUGAGGGAAAAUGAACACUAACUGUGUUCACUUCACAACACUGUUUGCAAUUUUUGUAGUCACAGUAAGAUAGCUUUAGGGCAAUACUGCAAUGACUUUACUAACUCAUUACAUAGAGGUAUUUCUUAUGCAGGUUUGGAAAAUGUACAAAUGUAUAAUUUUUUGCAAAUAAAAGUGAUCAGUGCCAGGGGACUGACAGAAAACUUGAUGGGAUAGUUAUCCUAGUCAGCUAUGGUUACAUUGUGCCUUUUGGACCUUCUUCCUCCUGAAUUGUUGAAAUCCAGAUCAUCUAUAUGAAAUGUAAGAUAUUGUUAAAAUAGUUGAGGAACAUGGUUAAAAUAAUAUAAUGAGGGCCUAUCCAUUAGGUAUUAUAAUGGAGGCUUAGCUUGCAGAUAAAUUAAAAUCCAAAGUUCUAGGCUGUUUUUUAUAGAAUCGCUUUUAGGCUGAUCUCUCACACAGUACAUCAGACAUAUGAUUGCAUAUUUGGGACACUGAUUGGGUUCAGAAUAUGGAAAGGUUUCAGGGACUUCAAAAAGUUCUCAAAAUGAUCAGGGAUUGAGUGAAAGAAUUAGGAGGUGAAAAAUAGCUUUAAAACCUGUGUGCCAUUUUUCCAAAGUUACUGCUGCUUUGUAACUUUUAUGCCUUUUUUUUUGUAAAUUCAAGCCCUGGCCUAUAAUACUGCAAGUAAGUUCUUGAAUAGCAACAUUUACAUAAAAGCCUUAAUCCAUGUCAUGUCUCCUGUUAGGGUUUUUGUUGUUGUUGCUGGGUUUUGGGGUUUUUUUGGUUUGUUUUUUUUUUGUUGUUGUUCCCACCCCCACCCUUGGUUUAAAGCCUGGUGCUUUUGUGUCUUCAUUUCUAAUCUUUGACCGUAUUUGAUUGCAGUUUUUGUAAUAUUUUUAUAUUGGCACAACUUUUCUUUGCAGUGUUAGCUGUAAAUUUGCCUUUUUUUAGUAGAGAACUCAUGAAGUUUUACUGUGGCUUUUAUGUCAGUUGUCACUCAAAAGAUCUCUUAGUUUUCAACAAGUGCCAUAUGGGAUCACUGUAAAUUUGCCUUUGACCAUUCAGAUUAUCUUCUGUUUUAUUCUAGUCACACUCUUUUUAAGUGCCUUUUUAUUUUAACAGUUGUUCACUUUUUACAAUGCUAUUACUGAAGUUAUUUAUUAAAUAAAAGUACCUAAAACACC